AUGGGUGCUGGACGGGGCGCGGGGACCCCGGCUUUGAGGCCGCUGAACUCAAUGAAUGAGAAGCACGCGGCUGCUGGCGACUUGGGAAACGCCUUUCCCUGCGUCUCCGCGUCGCGAGCAGCUGAGGCCUUGGCGCCGACGCCAGGCCCGGCUCCGGGGGCCCCAUGGCUCCGUGCUCUCUCUCUCCCGCCAGAGGACGAGCAGCGGGAGAAGUCCGUCUCCCACCAGACGGUGCAGCAGCUGGUGCUGGAGAAGGAGCAGGCCCUGGCCGACCUGAACUCCGUGGAGAAGUCCCUGGCCGACCUCUUCCGGAGAUACGAGAAGAUGAAGGAGGUGCUGGAGGGCUUCCGCAAGAAUGAAGAGGUGCUGAAGAAGUGCGCCCAGGAGUACCUGUCCCGCGUGAAGAAGGAGGAGCAGAGGUACCAGGCCCUGAAGGUGCACGCGGAGGAGAAGCUGGACAGGGCCAACGCGGAGAUUGCCCAGGUCCGGGGCAAGGCCCAGCAGGAGCAGGCCGCCUACCAGGCCAGCCUGCGGAAGGAGCAGCUGCGGGUGGACGCCCUGGAGCGGACGCUGGAGCAGAAGAAUAAAGAGAUCGAAGAACUCACCAAGAUUUGCGAUGAACUGAUUGCCAAAAUGGGGAAAAGCUAACUUUGACCCAAACGUUUGGACUUGACCGUUGCGUGCAAUAUGCCCGUCGGCACCCUGCUGUGCUCCCAGGCCGGGGACAGGCGCUCCCGCCGCCGCGUACGCACCGCCGUUCCCUCGCUCGGCCCCGGGGACGUGGUCGGCCGCAGGGCGAAGGGACCAGCGGAACUUCUUGCUGUGGGUUUGCGUUUUUCCCGGGAUCGUUCAUAGCAAGUUGACCUCAGAGUUCCCGCAUCAGGGAGAUUGUCCGAGUCUCUCACGGAGGACACGGCGCUGACCUUGGCCUUGGCCUCUGACCCUGAGCUCCCAGGGCGUGUGGCUCUUGGGUCUAACGUAAACACGUGCUGCUGCACAGGGACUCUUGCCUUAAGGAGUGUACACUUCACCUGCGUUUGCCGUUCGUUUUAAUAAGAAAAGAACAUGCAUGUUUCGAAUACAGUUCUCUAUUGUAAAUAAAAGAUUUUUCUUUGGAUCUUG